CAAGUAUAGACGUGCAUUUUACUGCGGAUUUUUAAAUGUAUUUUAUUAAUAUUUAAUUCAAAUUUAAUAACGUGAGAUACCAGGAUCGCAUAAGGUACUGACAGUAACGUGCCAUCGCGCGACUACAACUAAGUGCUACGAGUGCCUGACCCGCCCACUUACUACGGCGCUACGAAUUCUACCAGACGCAGUUUAUCUCCACCCACUUGCUACGACUCGGUGAUACGAGCUUCGUGCUACGACAUUACAUACGCAAGUUUCUGCUCGCCUGGUACAUCGUUUGGCCGCUCACUAUGCCGCUCAAGAGAACUCCUCCAUGCGCCUCGCUUCAAGGCGGCGACUCGGAUGUGAAUCCUAGCUCGGCGCUUACUGACACAGAAAAUGAAGAAACUUCUAAAGUUUCUACCAGACACCGUGCACGCAAACGUCAUCAUGAUGAUGAAGUAACUGUCGUUAUAACUGAACUUAAGAACACCAUGGAGGCCUUCAGGAACCAGCAGGUCUCCUUACAAUCAAGCAUUAAUGACAUACAGAAACAAAACAAUGACAUAAUUAAGGCGGUUGAAUUCAUGUCCUCGCAGUAUGACGAAUUGAAGGAUAAACUAGUGAAGAUGGAAACAGAAAGGAAGACCCAUCUGGCUUACAUACAAACACUAGAACUCAAGGUAGAAAAUCUUGAGAGGAUUCAUAAGCAGGCCAGUUUAGAAAUUAGAAACAUUCCUAUCCAGAAAACUGAAUCUAAAGAGGAACUCAUAAACUUGGUACAAAAAGUCGGUAAAGCUGUUGAUGUCGAUGUUGACAGCAAGGAAAUUCGAGAUGUUUUUAGAUUGACCACUAAAAAAGGUGUGGCUAGUCCAGUUAUUGUUGAUUUUACUUCUGUUGUACUGAAGGACAAAAUCUUGACCUCAGUUAAAUCGCAUAACAGGGCUAAGAGAGAUAAUAAACUGAACACUGGACAUAUUGGUAUCGCUGGACAGUCUAAACCAAUCUUCGUUGUUGAAUGUCUAACACAAGCAGCCAAAAAAGUGUAUUUCCUUGCUCGAGAGUUCAGUAAGAAAAAUGAUUACGCUUUUUGCUGGACGGCUCAUGGAAAGAUAUUUGUUCGUAAACGUGAAGGUGCUCCACCACGCCGCAUUGACUCUCAGGCAGAUUUAGAUCUACUGCUCUCUACUCCAGAUAAGUGACUAGAUAAGUUAGCACAGUUUUCUUUUUUCUAUUUUUUCAUAUGUAUAAUUUAUAAAUCAUUAUUUUUUUACAAUUUUGCUAAUUAUAUUACAUUUGAAAUGAAUAACCACAUAUUACCACUUACUACACAAUGUUACAUUGCCGCCACACCAAACUAUCACUCCAAUACACUUGCAUAUGCACACUUACACUUCAACACAACUAACACUGGUUUCCACAGCUAUACUUUUCAACUAGUUUCAUCUGUUUCAAGCAUUGCAAUAAUAUUCAAAAUUAACCCUCUGUUAAAUCAAAUCUGUGCCACAGAGUUUAUCUGUGAAAGUGCUGCUCUUUGAGGACAUAUCUAAUAAUAUCGACUCGGUUGAGGUAGCUGAGUCACUCACUUGCUGUCCUGAAAGUGUUAAAACUUAUAUUAAUCCUCUAUGUAAGUCACUUAAAAUCAUACAUACCAAUAUACGUAGCAUAAACUGCAAUAUGGAUGUCCUUGAGGUUCUUUUAAGAAGAAUCUGUAUCCAAUGUGACAUCAUUAUUCUUACAGAGUGCUGGCUAAGUAAAGUUAGUAUGAUUCCUCAUUUGGAUGGUUACACUUCUUAUUCGUCUGAUUAUAAGAACCAAAACGAUGGCGUAGUUAUCUAUGUUCGCUCCGACAUUAAACAUAACAUCUCUUCACCAUCUUUGUUGGA